AUUUUGCUCUUGCGCUGCUAAAUCGUUAUUUCUACCAGAUAAAAUCCUUUAAAAAUGCUUAAAUUUCGAAGUCAUUGGCGCUUUCAUUUAUCGCUUUUUUCUUUCUUUUGGCGGUGUUAAAAAUUUGAAUGUAUGCAAGUGAAUUAAUGAAGGAAAAACUGGAACUUUUACCUUGAAAAUGAAGAGCGAGAAUUAUAGUAGGUCUGAAAACAUGAUGACUGGCUGAGCUAUCCGUUUGUUAUUCCCCAUCAACUAACAGUAACAAAAAUGGAUUUAAAAUUGGACAUUCUAUUGCUUGGCUUACUUCUAAUCAUUGUCAAUAUCAGUUGUGUGUUUUCUAUAAAGUGCUAUUCCUGUAAUUCAAAAAUCGAAGGAGAAGAAGACUGCCUAUGGAUACCCAAAAACAGCACAAAAUUUCUUAUUGAUUGUCCCGCAUCACAUAAUAAAUCUUGUAGAAUUCAAGAACAAUGGGUGGAUUUUAUGGACAAUGAUGAAUCUGAAGACAAAUUUAUGGUUCGUAAAUGUGCUGCGACUGCCUAUAACCCUGAUGUGGCCUGCUUAUACAGGACUGGACGUCUAGGGAGAAUUUCAGUCUGCUUCUGUACUGGUGAUGGCUGUAACAGUGCUGUGCAGGCAACCUCUACUGUUUUAGGAACACUUGGAUUCGUGUUACUAGUCAUGUUAUUUAUGCAAAAACUGUAAUAUAUUUGUUGUUUUUAAAGUA